UCUUACAAUGUCGAUAGCCGUCUCUCGAUAGACUGUAUAUAAACAUCAAACCAUUUUUCAUACUCGUGUCGCUCCAUACACCUUGAAGAUAGUAUGUAAAAAUGGGAAUUUUUAGCAAUACUGUUGUCAUUUUUACUUUCCUAUGUUACUCGACAUACGAAUGCAAAAGUCACGGCAUCAGACACGAUGUAAGAAAAUUUCCUGAUGGAUUUCUUUUUGGAACUGCGACAGCUUCUUACCAAGUGGAAGGAGCGUGGGACGAGGAUGGCAAGGCUGAAAAUAUCUGGGAUCACCUGACCCACAAUAACCCUUGCAUCAUCAAGGAUUGUUCAAAUGGGGAUAUUGCCGAUGAUUCCUAUCAUCUUUAUGAAAGAGAUGUCGAAAUGAUGCGAGAAUUAGGUCUAGAUUUCUAUAGGUUCUCUCUAUCCUGGCCAAGAAUUUUACCUACAAGUUUCCCGGACAAGAUAAACGAGGCGGGCGUGCAGUAUUACAACAAUUUGAUCGAUGAAAUGUUGAAGUAUAAUAUACAGCCGAUGAUAACUCUGUAUCAUUGGGAUCUGCCUCAGAAGUUGCAGGAAAUGGGCGGCUGGGCUAAUCCUCAUAUUGUAGAUUGGUUCGGUGACUACGCGAGAACAGUCUUCCAACUAUUCGGUGACAGAGUUAAAUAUUGGAUUACAAUAAAUGAGCCGUACCAAGUGUGCAACCAGGGCUAUGGUGAUGUUAUAAAAGCGCCGGUCCUUAACAGCAAGGGCGUAGCUGAGUACAUGUGCGCUAAGAAUUUGCUCCUCGCCCACGCUCGAGCAUAUCACAUCUAUGACGAAGAGUUCAGACCUAAUCAAGACGGUGCUAUAUUCAUCUCAUUCAGCGCGCAAUGGUAUGAACCGGAAACUGAUGACGAUAUUGAGGCUGCUAACGACAACAAUGACUUCCAGUGGGGACAGUAUACUCAUCCUGUCUUCUCCGAGGCAGGGGACUUCCCACCGUCUAUGAGGAAGAGGAUAGCUGCAAAGAGCGAAGAGCAGGGCUAUCCUAGGUCCAGACUGCCGGAGUUUACUCCCGAGGAAAUUGAUUACGUUCGUGGCAGUUCCGACUACUUCGGUCUCAACCACUACUCUACAUUAAUAGUUUACAGGAAUGAAUCUGUUUACGGUUACCACGAUGUUCCGUCAUACGCUGAUGACUUAGAGGUCCUAACAUACCAGAAGGCAGAAUGGAAGAUUGGUCAAUCUGAAUUUACCAAGUGCGUACCAUGGGGCUUCCAAAAGCUUUUGACAAGAAUAAGAGAGGAAUACAACAAUCCUCCUGUUUAUAUAACUGAGAAUGGUUUUGCUACAUACGGUGGCUUGGAUGACGACGACCGUGUGACUUACUACAAGGAAUACAUAAACGCAAUGCUAAACGCUAUUGAAGAAGGAUCCGAUGUCAGGGCUUACACCGCUUGGAGUCUCAUGGACAACUUCGAAUGGAUGCAGGGAUACACUGAGCGCUUCGGUCUGUAUGAGGUGGAUUACGAGAAUGCGAAACGCACACGCACGCCACGCAAGUCCGCCUUCGUGUACAAGCAGAUUCUACGCACGCGGGAGCUCGACAUGCACUAUGAGCCUUACACCGACGUCAUGACUAUCGACGAGGGAAAUUUCGUCGUGAGUUCGUUGAUCGUAAAAGGCGAGUGUAAAUUUAUUAAUAAUGUUCGGCAUGAUGUAAGAAAAUUCCCCGAUGGCUUUCUUUUCGGCACCGCAACCGCCUCCUACCAAGUGGAAGGAGCUUGGGAUGAAGAUGGAAAAACUGAAAACAUAUGGGAUCAUGCAACUCAUACAAACCCAUGCGUUAUAAAGGACUGCUCAAAUGGCGAUAUAGCUGACGAUUCUUAUCGCCAAUAUAAGAGAGAUGUACAGAUGAUGAGGGAGCUGGGCCUUGACUAUUACAGAUUUUCACUCUCGUGGCCACGAAUUUUACCAACCAGUUUUCCCGACAAGAUAAAUGAAGCGGGGGUUCAAUAUUACAACAAUUUGAUUGAUGAAAUGCUCAAAUACAAUAUCACGCCAAUGAUAACGCUAUACCAUUGGGAUUUACCGCAAAAACUACAAGAAAUGGGUGGGUGGACAAACCCAGAAAUAGUACACUGGUUUGGAGAUUAUGCUAGAAUUGCUUUCCAAUUGUUUGGUGAUAGGGUUUCAGAUUGGAUCACAAUCAAUGAACCCCAUCAAGUGUGUUACCAUGGUUAUGGGGACAACACAAUGGCUCCUCUUCUGAACAUUAAAGGUGUAGCUGAUUACAUGUGUGCUAAAAACUUAUUAUUAGCUCAUGCUAAGGCUUAUCACAUCUAUGAUAAAGAGUUCCGUCCGUCGCAUGGUGGUAAAAUUUUCAUAGCACUGAGCGCGCAGUGGUACGAUGCGGAACAUGAAGAAUUUGUAGAUGCUGCUAAAGAAGCUAAUGAUUUCACGUGGGCAAUAUAUUCACAUCCAAUAUUUUCGGAAACCGGUGAUUUCCCACCGGUUGUUAAAGAGUACGUCGCUCAAAAGAGUGCGGAACAAGGAUUUUAUAGAUCAAGGCUGCCAGAAUUUACAGAAGAAGAAAUUGACUAUGUGCGCGGCACGUCAGAUUGUUUCGGUCUCAAUCAUUACUUGACGUACUACGUAUAUCGCAAUGAAUCUGUAGUCGAUUAUUAUGAAUCACCAUCAUUUGAUGACGACAUGGGAGUAAUAACGUAUGUCUAUGAUGAAUGGCAAAUUGGCGAAUCUCAGUACACGAAGUUUGUUCCAUGGGGAUUUUACAAGUUACUGACAAGAAUACGCGAGGAUUAUGGCAAUCCUCCUGUCAUUAUUACGGAAAAUGGAUUUGCCACACUUGGAGGCUUAAAUGACGAUGACCGCAUCACCUACUAUAGGCAUUACAUCAGCGCUAUGCUAGAUGCUAUGGAGGAAGGAUCAGACGUGCGAGGUUACACGGCGUGGAGUCUUAUGGAUAACUUCGAAUGGCUGGCUGGAUAUACUGAGCGUUUCGGUCUGUACGAGGUGGACUACGAGAGCGCGGAACGCACACGCACGCCGCGCAAAUCUGCCUUCGUGUACAAGCAGAUUGUACGCACACGGGAACUUGACAUGCACUACGAGCCCGACACCGACGUCAUGACCAUCGACGAGGGACACUAAUUUAGAUAAACGAGUAAAAUAAAUUUAAAAAUCAA